AUGGGUAAUACAGCGAAUCGUUUAUCGUUGUGCGUUAGCCAAUCAUCUAGAAAAACUCGUCGAGAACGGCCUUAUGUAUCACGUCCGUAUUGGCAAUAUCAAUAUGAAAAUCAUUUGAAUAUUUCAACACAUAUGUCAUCAGAUUCUCAGAUUCGUGAAAUAAGUCCGACACGUUUAUCACCAAUAAUUCUUCACGACAAUUCUCAAUCUCGAUCAAUGCAUAUUAUUAAAAUGACUUAA